CAGACACAUCUCGUCAAUCUCUCUUCCUCCUAUCUACCAAAGUCCCCGUCUCACAACCGCUAAUCUCGGACGACGGAGGAGACACGGCACGAGAAAUCAGAGCAUCCCAAUGGAGUCUACGCUAAUCACGAGAUUCUCUCCCCUCCUCCCCUCUCUCUCCAAGUCCAGCCCCCUCUCGUCUCCCCCCCUCGCCGGAGCUCGCCGCGUCGCAUCCAUUUCCUUCUCCUCCAGCAGCGUCUCUGGCGUCUUGCGUCCCCGCGGUGGCGUUACCUCGUCGGUCACCGCCGUCGCGGCGGCGCUCGGCGAUGCGGCAGAGCCCGCAUCCGACGCCAUAUUGCUCAGCGUCCAGGGCAUGAUGUGCGACGGGUGCGCUUCCAGUGUGAAGAGGAUUCUAGAGGGUCAGCCUGAGGUAACUUCUGCUGCAGUUGAUUAUAAGGAAGCAAGGGCUGUUGUGUGGACAACUCCUGAGGUCAAGUUGACAGAAGAUUGGCAAAAGCACUGGGGAGAGAAACUUGCAAGUCAUCUUGGCACUUGUGGAUUUGAGUCUAGCCCACAAGGUUGUAUACACAUCAGUACAUCACUAGACUAACCUAGCUAUGCGGGGGAAAAAAGAGCAAGCUCGCCAUGCAAGGGCAAGGUGAAGCCUAAUAAAGACGAUUCCGAAUCUCACUAGUGCUGCAGAUGAGCUAUGAUGUUGACCAGGACAGGGCACCUGAAUGCACCACAGAUCAGAUGUGUGAGGCUGUGAGCGUCUCCAGGAAAGUUGCUGGUGCUCUAGAGUUCUGCAGUUGUAGAUUUAUGUGCUGGGUGUUAUAAGCAGUGUAGCUUCCCUUGCUCAUAAACUUCUACUGGAAACAUCCCAGCAAACUUAGUGCAAGUCACUACUAUAUGCCAGGGAGUUUCACCAAAUGUCCAGUUAUGGCCAACUGAACAUAGAAUGAACAAUGAAGUGUGUGCCGUUAUGAAAAUGUUAUAAUUGAAUUUCUUUCUUACUUA